CGCGCGUCCGGCUGUCUGCGCGUCCGUUUGUCCGCGCGUCCGCAGAUCGUGGCCAAGAGCGCUCGGGGCCGAGAGCCAGGAAGCCCGGGCGCAGCGCGAGGCUCCGGGCCCUGAGAUCGCGGGACGGGACCCGGGCCUCAGUAGCCCGGGGUCGGGGCCGCCUCCGCCGAGCCGCGCCGCCGGAUUUGUAGCGGCCGAGGCCGCGCGCCCCUCCGGGGGCUGAUUCAAGGAGCCUCCCGGGCGGGGGCUGCGACCCGAGGGCCGCGGGCGUGGAAGAAAAGGACGCGCGGCCCCCAGCGCCCCUCGGGCGGCCACCUCGGAGCAUGACCCUCGCGGGCCGGCGCCGCGCGCUCUGAUCCGUCGGGACCCCGCGCUCCCGCAGCCAUGGGCGCCGGGGGCGGGCGGGGGGCGGCGGCCGCGCCGUUGCUGGUGGCCGUGGCCGCGCUGCUGUUGGGCGCCGCGGGCCACCUGUACCCCGGAGAGGUGUGCCCCGGCAUGGAUAUCCGGAACAACCUCACGAGGCUGCACGAGUUGGCCAACUGCUCCGUCAUUGAAGGACAUUUGCAGAUACUGUUGAUGUUUAAAACGAGGCCUGAGGAUUUCCGAGACCUCAGUUUCCCCAAACUCAUCAUGAUCACUGAUUACUUGCUGCUUUUCCGGGUCUACGGGCUGGAGAGCCUGAAGGACCUGUUCCCUAACCUCACGGUUAUCCGGGGCUCGCGCCUCUUCUUCAACUACGCGCUGGUCAUCUUCGAGAUGGUUCACCUGAAGGAGCUUGGCCUCUACAGCUUGAUGAACAUCACGCGGGGCUCCGUCCGCAUCGAGAAGAACAAUGAACUCUGCUACCUGGCCACCAUCGACUGGUCGCGCAUUCUGGAUUCUGUGGAAGAUAAUUACAUCGUGCUGAACAAGGAUGACAAUGAGGAGUGUGGGGACAUUUGUCCAGGCACUGCCAAGGGCAAGACCAACUGCCCUGCCACCGUCAUCAACGGGCAGUUUGUCGAGCGGUGCUGGACUCACAGCCACUGCCAGAAAGUUUGCCCGACCAUCUGUAAGUCGCAUGGCUGCACUGCUGACGGCCUCUGCUGCCACAGCGAGUGCUUGGGCAACUGCUCUGAGCCCGACGACCCCACCAAGUGUGUGGCCUGCCGAAACUUCUACCUGGACGGCAGGUGCGUGGAGACCUGCCCGCCCCCGUACUAUCACUUCCAAGACUGGCGCUGCGUGAACUUCAGCUUCUGCCAGGACCUGCACAACACUUGCAAGAAUUCACGGAGGCAGGGCUGCCACCAGUACGUCAUUCACAACAACAAGUGCAUCCCCGAGUGUCCCUCUGGGUAUACGAUGAAUUCCAGCAACUUGAUGUGUACUCCAUGCCUGGGCCCCUGUCCCAAGGUCUGCCACCUCCUGGAAGGUGAGAAGACCAUUGACUCGGUGACAUCCGCCCAGGAGCUCCGAGGCUGCACGGUCAUCAAUGGGAGCCUGAUCAUCAACAUUCGAGGGGGCAACAACCUGGCAGCUGAGCUAGAGGCCAACCUUGGACUCAUUGAAGAAAUUUCAGGAUAUCUGAAAAUCCGCCGGUCCUAUGCUCUUGUGUCACUUUCCUUCUUCCGGAAGUUACGUCUGAUUCGGGGAGAGACCUUGGAAAUUGGAAACUACUCUUUCUAUGCCUUGGACAACCAGAACCUAAGGCAGCUAUGGGACUGGAGCAAACACAACCUCACCAUCACUCAGGGGAAGCUCUUCUUCCACUAUAAUCCCAAACUCUGCUUGUCUGAAAUUCACAAGAUGGAGGAGGUUUCGGGAACCAAGGGGCGCCAGGAGAGGAACGACAUCGCCCUGAAGACCAACGGGGACCAGGCGUCCUGUGAAAAUGAAUUACUUACAUUUUCUCACAUUCGGACAUCUUCUGAUAAGAUCUUGCUGAAAUGGGAGCCGUAUUGGCCCCCUGACUUCCGAGACCUCUUGGGGUUCAUGCUCUUCUAUAAAGAGGCCCCUUAUCAGAACGUGACGGAGUUUGAUGGGCAGGACGCGUGUGGCUCCAACAGCUGGACGGUGGUGGACAUUGACCCGCCUCUGAGGUCCAACGACCCCAAGUCACAGAACCACCCCGGGUGGCUGAUGCGGGGUCUCAAGCCCUGGACCCAGUAUGCCAUCUUUGUCAAGACCUUGGUCACCUUUUCUGAUGAACGCCGGACAUACGGGGCAAAGAGCGACAUCAUCUAUGUCCAGACAAAUGCCACGAACCCUUCUGUCCCCCUGGAUCCCAUCUCUGUUUCUAACUCCUCAUCCCAGAUUAUUCUGAAGUGGAAGCCUCCCUCUGAUCCCAAUGGCAACAUCACCCACUACCUGGUUUUCUGGGAGAGGCAGGAGGAAGACAGUGAGCUGUACGAGUUGGAUUAUUGCCUCAAAGGGUUGAAGCUGCCCUCCCGGACCUGGUCUCCACCCUUCGAGGCUGAGGGUUCCCAGAAGCACAAUCAGAGUGAGUACGAGGAAUCCACCAGUGAAUGCUGCUCCUGCCCCAAGACCGACUCGCAGAUCCUGAAGGAGCUGGAGGAGUCCUCCUUCAGGAAGACGUUUGAGGACUACCUGCACAAUGUGGUUUUCGUCCCCAGGCCAUCUCGGAAACGCAGGGCCCUUGCUGACGUCGGGAAUGUGACAGUGGCCGUGCCCACGGUCCCUGGUCUCCCUAACACCUCCUCGACCAGCGCGCCCACGAGCUCAGAGGAGCGCAGACCCUUCGAGAAAGUGGUCAACAAGGAGUCACUGGUCAUCUCCGGCCUGCGCCACUUUACCGGCUAUCGCAUCGAGCUGCAGGCUUGUAACCAAGAUUCCCCCGAGGAGAGGUGCAGCGUGGCAGCCUAUGUCAGUGCCAGGACCAUGCCCGAAGCCAAGGCAGACGAUAUUGUUGGCCCCGUGACCCAUGAAAUCUUCGAGAACAACGUUGUUCACUUGAUGUGGCAGGAGCCAAAAGAACCCAAUGGUCUGAUCGUGCUGUAUGAAGUGAGUUAUCGACGAUAUGGCGAUGAGGAGCUGCACCUCUGUGUCUCUCGCAGGCAUUUUGCCCUGGAGCGGGGCUGCAGGCUGCGCGGGCUGCCACCGGGGAAUUACAGCGUGCGAGUGCGGGCCACCUCCCUGGCAGGCAACGGCUCCUGGACGGAAGCCACCUAUUUCUACGUGACAGACUAUUUAGACGUCCCAUCAAAUAUUGCAAAAAUUAUCAUUGGCCCCCUCAUCUUCGUCUUUCUCUUCAGUGUUGUAAUUGGAAGUAUUUAUCUCUUCCUGAGAAAGAGGCAGCCAGAUGGGCCGCUGGGACCUCUGUACGCUUCUUCAAACCCUGAGUACCUCAGUGCCAGCGAUGUGUUUCCCUGCUCGGUGUAUGUGCCGGACGAGUGGGAGGUGCCUCGGGAGAAGAUCACCCUCCUGCGGGAGCUGGGGCAGGGCUCCUUCGGCAUGGUGUAUGAGGGCAACGCCAGGGACAUCGUCAAGGGCGAGGCGGAGACCCGCGUGGCGGUGAAGACGGUCAACGAGUCUGCCAGUCUGCGAGAGAGGAUCGAGUUUCUCAACGAGGCCUCGGUCAUGAAGGGCUUCACCUGCCAUCAUGUGGUCCGCCUCCUGGGGGUGGUAUCUAAAGGCCAGCCAACGUUGGUGGUGAUGGAAUUGAUGGCUCAUGGAGACCUGAAGAGCUACCUCCGUUCCCUGCGGCCGGAGGCUGAGAAUAACCCCGGUCGCCCUCCCCCUACCCUGCAAGAGAUGAUCCAGAUGGCUGCGGAGAUUGCCGACGGGAUGGCAUACCUGAAUGCCAAGAAGUUUGUGCACCGGGAUCUGGCAGCUCGAAACUGCAUGGUCGCCCACGAUUUUACCGUCAAAAUUGGAGACUUUGGAAUGACCAGAGACAUCUACGAAACGGAUUACUACCGGAAAGGAGGCAAGGGUCUGCUCCCCGUGCGGUGGAUGGCACCGGAAUCCCUGAAGGACGGGGUCUUUACCACUUCUUCCGACAUGUGGUCCUUCGGUGUGGUCCUUUGGGAAAUCACCAGCUUGGCGGAACAGCCUUACCAAGGCCUGUCUAAUGAGCAGGUGUUGAAAUUUGUCAUGGAUGGAGGGUAUCUGGAUCAACCUGACAACUGUCCUGAGAGAGUCACCGACCUGAUGCGUAUGUGCUGGCAGUUCAAUCCCAAGAUGCGGCCGACCUUCCUGGAGAUCGUUGACCUGCUCAAGGAUGACCUGCACCCCAGCUUUCCAGAAGUUUCCUUCUUCCACAGCGAGGAGAACAAGGCGCCCGAGAGCGAGGAGUUGGAGAUGGAGUUUGAGGACAUGGAGAGCGUCCCCCUGGAUCGGUCCUCACACCCCCAGAGAGAGGAGGCCGGGGGCCGGGAUGGAGGGUCCUCGCUGGGUCUAAAGCGGAACUACGAGGAACACAUCCCCUACACUCACAUGAAUGGGGGCAAGAAAAACGGGCGGAUUCUGACUCUGCCGCGGUCGAAUCCUUCCUAACGGCGCCUGUUUGGGAAAAGGGUUCCAAGUCUUCACUUUCCUCUGGUUUGAAGGCCUCCAGAAACCUCAGGAUUCGCAUGCGAAUCUGCCAUAGUGUCAAAUGGAGCUCAGAGAUCAUGACUAUCCAUUUCUGCUCAUCUUGUGACUUAAAACACUUGGGUUUGAUUGCCAAUUGACUAGUCGUCAGAGCAUUUAACUGUGAACGUAGAGAGGAGGGGGUUUCCGUGGCUGCCGUCUUUUCGGGCUGUUUCAAGCCAGGAUGUUAUUAUUUUUUUUUCCAGUAGCUUGAAAGAAAACAGAGUUUUUACAAACAUUUUUUUUUUUUUUUGCUGGUGUCUGAGCUACAGUAUAAAAUGUAAAACUUGUUUGUGGAACAAAACUUUGAAAGAAAGAAAGAAGAAAAACCGGUUCCAGUGGAGUUCCAAGCUUCACGGAGUGGGCUUCAAGGUUUUUCUCAUCCGGGCUGAAGGACUUUUUAAUUUUCCUUCACAAAAUCAGUUCCUCAAAUUGACCAAUAGCUGCUGAUUUUGUUCUUUUGAUAAGGAUCUGCAGUGCCCGCCUGUGGUUCACGUGUGUGGCGUGCGUGUGUGUCCAGGUUAGACACGGCUGGUGUGCGUGUGUGUGCAGAGCAUUCGUGCUGAGUUGACGCUUCGGGGAUCGGCUCAUGAAGGUUUCGCUCUUCUCGAGUGUGUGAGUUCUUGAUCCCCACCUCUCCUUCCUUCUUAUUUACUGGGAGACUGUGCCCUCGACAGAUUCUUCUCGUGUCCCAAAUCUUAGCCUCAGGAGUCUUCUCUCCCUUAACUUUGGUGAAAAAUGUUUUUCGGGAGCCAAGGGAGUAGUUUGGAGUGAUAAUGGAUCUUUUCAAGACCAAACAAAGCCAGGACAUAAAAAAGAAAAAAGAAAAAAAAAAAAAAAAAAGAAGAACUGAAAUGAUGAAGAGUUUUGAGAAUAUAUUUGUAACAUAUUUAAUUUUUAAAAAAUCUCCAGCAUCAGCCUCCUAAGUUAUUAACUGUUUCCCGGGGUGGGGGGAGGGCUUGUCUGCUUGUGCAUGGUAGGGAGCAAGGCACCGGUGGCCAAUUUGUUUGGUCUUAAAGGCAUCCAUUUUUCUGGGAAUAAAGCCACGUUAGCUGCUAACCCUUUUGGAUGUUGUGAAGCCACGCUGAGGGUGUGGGCGACUGGGUUUGAUGGAUGGUUUGGUUUCUGCUGGGGAAAGCUGGCAGCCACCUGGAGCUGAGCCCUGCCUUCAGACACACUUGUGGCUCUCUGACCAUCUGGUUCCCUGUGUGUACCUCGCGUGCUUCCUCAACUGGGUGUGCACGUCCUGCAGUUAUUGUGCAAACACAACAAAAUCAGAUCCUAAAGUGCGACAGCACGGAAGGACUUUGAGAACACUAAGCAAUAUGAAGUGAGAGGCACCUGUCGGGUCCCUCCGCCCUCGGAGCGUCCAACUGUCCUCAGAACUGAUAUCCCAGAAAGCUGCUCUGCGCGCAGUGACCUCAGCUAGGCCAGCUGUGGGGCCUGAGCAGAACUGUCAGGUGCUUAUGCUGUUGCAAUCCCCAAGAGACUCGAGUCUGGAGGAGAAACCGCCCAAGACCUUCACGCUACCGAGAACUUCCGUAUGGGCGUGCAUCCGUAGUUUCUUCCUUUUGGGGAAAGAACCACAGCUGCUCAAAUAAAGGACACGGUGAACUCAUUACUUUGGUUUGUCAAAAUCAUCACCCACGGGUUAUCUCUGAGUGCAUUUUCUCGAAAGUUUUUGAUUGCUUCCUUCUCCUCUUCUCUUACGAGUUGUGGGCUUCAGAAUGGGAUAGAGACGUAAUGGUGACCUCCGAGCCUUCUCAAUUCUUGAUUAAGAACACAGGUAGACACAAAUCCCAAUGGCCUAUUGCUGUCUUAUUUAUAUGAUUUGAGAAAUUACAGCGUGUAAAAUAUUUCUGGGGAACCUCAGUGAUUGGGUACAAGGAGUGAGAGUACAGAAGUUAUUUUCGCCAAAUUUAUUUUGUACAUAGAAGAGAGUCUGUACGUAAAUUAAAAAACACGUAGAGCUAGAUAUUUUGUUCUUUUCAUAGGAAAUUUGUAGCGGCUGUAUACCACACUAGCAGCAAUUUUCACAUUUUUCUAAUUCAGAAAGGUUUUCUUAUAUUAGGGGAAAAAUUAUUUAUUUUAAUAUAUAAAAAUCACUGUAAAAAUCACUUUCGUACAAAAUGGAGCGCAUGUAAAUUUUUAUCAAAGAAAAAUAAACAGGUGAUGUGGGGUAAUGAUUUUUUUUUUUUCCAGCACAGUCUACCUCAGUGUAUCGUUAGGAUGUGGUUCAAUAACGGACAUCUUCGAGACUUCAGAAUUCUGCCUGGAUCCGAUCUGAAUCAGGGAAAAUCUGUAUGAGCUGAUUCCGAAUGCCAGGGACCAGUAAGAAUUUUGAGGGAGGGAGCGGGGAUAAAAUGUGGCCUUCGUGUGUGAGCAUAGAUCCUUUUUCUGGCUGAUUAUAUUCUUCUCUGAAUUUAAUCUUCUUUUUGUUUUUUUCUUUUAUUGAUCCUCCAUCCAUUGGCACCAUGCUUCCCAAACAUGACCCUAGUUCCAGGCCAUCAUGAUGUAUCUGAUGUGUGGGGCAUUCAGACCUGAGUUUCUCUCCUUUGGUGAGAAGUGGAUGCUCCAUCUCUCACUGGGGCAAAGACAGGCUUUGGUGCAGAGCCAGCAUCCCCACUGUUCACUGCAUCCCCCAGAAGUGAGCACCAUGGUGCCCUGGGAUCUCCAUGGCUUAUUCCCACUCCUUUCAGCCUGAGAUCCUUUUUGGAGGUGGAACAAAUCACACUCAUGGGAACCUCACACACAAACACCCCAUGCAGUGUCUUCUUUUAUUCUUCAAGUGGGAAGGGGGCACGUUGAGAAAUCCCAAUCCAAAAUUGACCAGCAUGCUGAACACAUUUUUUAGCAACAAAACCUUAGACCCCAGUGUUGUGGUUUGGUUGACCUUAAGCUAAUACUGUUUGACCUCGUGGGGCUUUGAGAACCCAUGUGUAAGUCUGGGCAGGGUGAGCAGGGCUGUUGUCAUAUUCAGCAAACCUUUGUCAUCCUUUUAGGCACGGCUCCUGCAGACUCUCCUUUCUCCGCUUGCUCUGGAGAGGUACUGUAGAAUGCUGGACCACCUUGUGUAAAUGGGAUUUCACUGACUUCAUUUAGCUGUCUCUGCUGCUGCAGUGAAAAGGGAAAGCAGCCAUUGGGUCACAAGCCUCCUUUUGCAUCAGAUAACGUUUACUGUGUAACAACAGGACUUUGGUCUGAGAAAGUCAUGGUUGUGCUGGGGGUUGUAGUGAUGGGUUACAUAAAAAGCAACAAAGCCAGCUUAGGUUGAUGCUUUUUGUUGUUUGUUUUUAAAGAUGUCUCACUAUUAUUAAAACCCUUUUCAUUAAUGUGGUGAAAUCCAUGUAGUGGUUUCUUCUUCUGGGAGGAGAAUACCAAACGUGUUACUUUUUCCCUGGACCAGUGAUGUCAAACACACGUGUGGAAAUGUUCAUAUUCUGAGAGCUGUCCUGGGUGCUCUUCUGCCAUUUUAAGCUAGUAGAAAGAGAGAAAUGCCGCUGGUUCUCUGGAUAGACAUUGAGCACAACUGAGAGAAAAUGUAGGAAUUGAUGCAAGGGUCUGCACAUAUAGUCCAUGGCCAUUGGAGACUGUCACCCACUGAUGGACAGAUCUUCCACUAUCUCCCACCAGAGCAGAUGGUCCGCCAUAAAUGUGCUUCUUGGGUGGGGAGGUAUUUAUCUGUAGCUUUCAUAACAUUGGUCAAUGGGCAGGAAUGCCAUCAGAGCACGGCCCAUGCUAGCCAUCUGAGAGACUGAAUGUGCUGUAGUCCCACCAAAAAUCAUUUUUCUACUUUGUGGUGGGUGGAAUUUUGGGGUUCAAUAUCUUUUGGAUGCUUCUUGGUGAGUCCUUGAUACCUUAGGCUAUUCAGAAAUUAUGGUUUUGUUGGGGAUGGGGAACAGGGAAGUGCUGAUCUUAUAUAAAUGGUACGUGUAGAAUGAUGCCCCAUUCAGAAAACCUUCUGGAAUGUUCUUCAGAAUAUUGAUUUACACCAGCGGUGAGGCUGGGAAUGGAAAGGGCAGAUCGGCGUUUGUUCUCUCAAAACGCACGAAAGAAUGUGAUGGACUAUUCAGGGGCUGCAGUUGAAGGUGAAUGUUUUCUUAGGGUUCUCCUAGGAACAGAGGGAAACAAUGACUUUUUGAUCUCCAGUCCAGGUCCAGAACCAGCCUCCAGCCGAAUUUUUAUUUGGGUACGGGCCCUAAAAGUCCUUGUUAAAAACAAGAUCAGGAAUCUGAGGCUCUUGGUCCCAUUUGAGAAGGAAGGAAUAACCCUCCAAAUGAGUGUGCGUCCAUGUACACGUUCAGGAAUGGCUUGCUCAGACUUUCUACUUUGUGUGCCUGGGUGGGCUCAGCCCCGCGUGUCAGCAGCAGACUCCUCCCAUCCUCCGUCAGCCGUGCAGGAUCAAAAGUGCCUCGGCUUAUGCGGAAAACAACUCGGAAACACAAAACCCACCAAAAGCUCGAUUAUAAUUUUUUCAAUGUUUUCCUACAAGAGCCAAGUAGCGCCAUGUACAGAAUAUGCCUUUUUUUUUUGAAUAUCGAAAUUGCUCUGCAUGUAAAAUAUGGGAUAAUUACCUGUUUAUAUUAAAAUUCUGAAUAAAUUAUCUGAGAAUA